GACACCCGGGGAGCAGUGGCAGAGGCGCUCAGGGCCAUGGAGCAGUACUUCUCGGCCACCCAGAAGAUGGAGCAGGAGGUGAUGUUCCCCAGCCUGCUGCGAGGGGUCUUCCCGCAGCAGGACCAGGACGGGGCGGCCCCGCACGAGGGCGGCCCCGCGGACCUGUACGAGCGCUACCAGCUCCUCAAGGCCAUCAAGCCCGUGGUGGAGCGAGGCCUGGCCUCCGUCACCGACCCGAGCCCCAGCGGGGACACCGACGGCGACGCCGACGCAGAUGACGCCGCCGUGGACGCUCGCCUGGAGGAGCGCCUGUCCCACCACCUGGCCGGCUUGCAGCAGGUCCUCACCCACCUCACCAGGGACACCAACGCCCUCACGCGCAGGUACAGCCAGAUCCUGGAGCAGAUCAGCCCCGGCGACGGGCAGCCCAGCUGGUGAACCUGCCGCGGCCUCCAGCCCCGCUCGGCCUCCUCGCACCGCGGCAGCUGACCUCCAGCGCCAGGACUGCCCGCCAGCCGCAGCCGGGACGCGCGGGGAACGCGAUGGGGCCGUAUCCUCAUAGGAAGAGCCAUCGGUUCCCUCCUGGGGCCACCAGCGGAGCUGCCCGCCUCGUGCCCUCCUCUUUAUUUUCAAAGAGCAGCAGCAGCAGCGGCGGCGGCGGCGGCGGCGGCGGCGGCGGCGGCGGCAGGCGGCGGCCUCGCUCUCUUGCACUGAGCUCUGCGGAGCCCCGGUGAACGCCGGAGCCGUUUCCAGCUGGUACCUGGACACGCGCGGGACUUUUCCCCUCUCUUUGCUAAUAAAAGGACCCCUCUGAA